AUGGUGGACUUUAGGUAUAGAACUAAGAGUGGGGAUCUUAUAACGAAGUACCAGUCGUUUGAUGCUAUUGGUGAAAAUGAGAACACGGCACAGGUUUCAAAGGUACGUAGAUAUUUCUAUGAUGAUUUUACGUCAUUGGACUGGACACAAGACUAUCUCAAGGAUAUUAGUUAUAGGCAGCAGAUCAGGUCAUUAUCGGGGGUUGUCGGACAGUUGAAACGUUGCAUUGAUUCUUUGAAGGACUGGAUCCUUAUUACAUUUAUUGCAUUUUCCUGUUCUUUAAUUGCUUAUACGAUAGCCAUAUUUGAAGGGUUGCUGAUUGAUUUAAAGAGGGGCUAUUGUGCGUCGAACAUUUUUAAUAACGAAAAGAGGUGCUGCGGAGGGUAUGGCUGUACAAGUUGGGUCUUAUGGACUGAUUUUUUUGAUGGGGGUAGGAUAUGGAGGUUUGAAGCUGAGUUUGUUAUUUACCUCAGUUUGAGUUUGAUCUUUGCAUAUUUGGCUGUCUUAAUUACACUUACAACGAAGAGCGAAAACCCUUUGGCGUCCAAAACAAACAGACUUCAGAAAACUACCUAUGCUGCUUACGGUAGCGGUGUCCCAGAAGUUAAGACGAUUCUUUCUGGUUUCACUAUCAGAAAAUUUCUAGGAUCAUAUACGUUGUUAACAAAGUCGUCCGCAUUGGUUUUUGCAAUCGCUUCAGGCAUGUCUCUAGGAAAGGAGGGACCUUACGUGCAUUUGACUACAUGUGUUGGUAAUAUAUCUUCCAGAAUCUUUAAAAAGUUCAGAGAUAAUGGUGUUGAGAGACGGAUAAUAUUAUCUGCUGCUGCGGCAGCUGGUGUAACAUUAGCAUUUGGAUCACCUUUAGGGGGUGUUUUAUUCUCACUUGAAGAAGUAAGUUAUUACCUACCUGGAAACCAGUUGUUUAAAAGCUUCUUCUGUGCGAUUAUGAGUCACCUCUUUAUGAUCCUUCUGAACCCAUACGAAACAGGGAAGUCAGUUCUUUUUGAGGUUUCUUAUGACUCUGAUUGGCAAUAUUUGGAAGUCAUACUACAUAUAAUGAUUGGAAUCGUUGGUGGUAUAUUUGGAGCUUUGUUUUGUAAGUUCGUUAAUUUUUGGGCGGAUUGGUUCAGAAAUAGUAAGUAUAUGAAAUCACACCCUAUUCGUGAGGUGUUGUUAAUAUCGUUGGUAACUGCAUUGCUUACGUUUGGAAACAAAUACACUAGUGUUGCCGUCCCUGAACUUUUAGCAGAACUGUCUUCACCUUGCUACCUUCCUAACGAUUCUACAGGUAUUGCUGGUCUAUGUCCAGAUGACACUUCCAAAUUCCCAGCGGAGCUAUGGCCUUUAUUAUAUGCAUUAGUUGUAAAAAUUGUAUUAACCGCUGUGACUUUUGGCCUUAAAGUACCUGCUGGUAUAUAUGUUCCUAGUAUGGUUAUAGGUGCCCUCUUUGGAAGAAUAUUUGCAAUGUAUUUUCAGUAUCUGGGAAGCGUCCAAAAGUUACCUAUAGUUGUGCAGAUUAUUUCCCCAAAGGGGAAGGAUGGUACUUUCAUAGACUUUGGCAUAUAUGCUAUGAUAUCUGCAGGUGCUUUUAUGGCGGGCGUGACGAGGAUGAACAUCACAUUGGCCACUAUCAUGGCUGAAUUGACAUCUUCAUAUAAUUAUGUGGUUCCAUUCUCAAUUGCAAUAGCUGUUUCAGUAUUUGUUGCUAAUGCAAUAGAACCAAAAUCACUAUACGAGGUCUUGAUUCAGAAAAAUGAUUUUCCAUACUUGAACAAUCGUAAAGCACACAACUUUUCUGGGAUCGAGACUCAAUUAUCUGAGAUUAUCACGAGGUUUGACCAUCCUGCCUUUAGAGCGUCUAAGAUGUACAUCAAUGUCACCAACGAUAAGUACGUCUCGAUAACAGAACUGCGAAGUAUUUUGACCUACGUUCAAAACGAGGGCCUAGUAGACUGGUCAAUACCAAUUUUGAAAGACGGGAAGUUGGUUUCCAUCCUACCUUCUCCUGAACUCGAGCCAAAACUAGAUACCAUAACCCAUUUCAUCAAAGAGUAUCACAUUAUUACAGAUAUAAAAAUUAAACUAAGUGAUAUCCAGGACAUCACAUUCAAACUAAUUGACACUAAGGGUGAUAAUUCAUCUAUAGAUCAAUCUUAUUUAGGGGAUACCGGACCCAAUAAGCGAAUACUCGGAAGUACUGAAUCUGAGGAGAUUAUUUUCCGCACGCUAAAUACGUUGUGCGAUUUGCGAGAUAUAAUGGAAAUAUCUCCAAUUACUUUAGACAUUAAAGCUCCACUUUCAUUAGUUGAGUAUAUAUUUACCAGGUUAGGCAAUCGGGUAAUCUCAAUAACUGACAAUGGAGAUUUUGUUGGGAUUCUUCACAAAAAACGAUUCAUUGACCAAUACAGAAAUAGGACGAUGCUUUAG